AUGAAUGUUUUUGAAUUGUGUGAGAAAAAAAACUCGGUUAAAAUGUAUGCUGGUUUUUUUUUUUCAGGAGAUGAGGAAAUUAUAAAAAAUGACGAAGAAGAGGGCAAGCAGAAAAAGAAAAUGCUGUUGCAUAAAACAUGCAGUAUAUUUUUGCGAAAUGUGGCGCCAAACAUCACUGUUGAGGAACUCGAAACGGCGAGUUUCAUCUCAUACUUUUUUGACUCAUGGAAUUUGAAUCCUGAUUCGCAAAACUGUGAAAACAGAAAAAUUCAAAUUCAUGAAACAGUUGGUGUUCCUUUUUCGGUCUCUUUUGAUUGGGAAACUAUUUGUGCCUGUAAACGAUUCCCGGGAUUUCUGCGUGUUGGAUUGGCCGAGCCAGUGCCCGAUCGUAAAUUUUAUCGACGUGGCUGGGUUGUAUUGCAGAUAAAGGAUUGUGAUCUGGGAGCAGUGAUUAAUCGCGAUAUCGCUCGUCGAGUACGAUCGGUGAAUGGUGUAACGGGGCAUAAACAAGUUGCACAGAAUGAUUUGCGACAAGCAGCCAAGCUUACAGCUAUUUAUGAUAAAAAAAAUGGUCUAUAUCAGCCGGAAAAUGCAGAAGAACGUCAGAGUAAUUUUGAGCUGGAUAUUGUAGCGCAAAGUGAGAAUCCAUUACUCAAAAAUCUUACCGAUUUCUUGAUUGAGGAAGCAAGUGCCGAAGAAGAAGAGCUACUUGGCAUUUCAAACGGUACUUUUAUUUUAUGCUUUUUUAGGAUCACUUCGCAAGUGGUUUUUGCAGAAUGUGUGGCCGAGGAGGAUCAGAAAGUACCCUUCCAAAGGGAUGAUCAGUUGAUGACAAGACUUGAUCGAAUCAUACUGUAUCUUCGCGUCGUGCAUUCCAUUGAUUUUUACAAUCAUGGUGAAUAUCCAAAUGAAGAUGUGAUGCCCAACAGAUGUGGAAUGAUGCAUGUUCGUGGAGCUCCACCACCAGCGUCGCAGUGGGGAACUGAUGAUAAGGGAAGAAUAUUAGUUGCGCAAAAAUUCGUUACUGAUUUUAUGGCCGGUUUCAAUAAUCGUAUCGAGACGGCGCUAAUCAAUGAAAAAGUAUUCACAGAAACGGAGCUCGAAAACUUUGGCCGAAAGGAUCCUGAAAAGGAAGUGGAAGCAUUUAUAACAGCAAAUUGUGUGGAACUAGCUAAAGACAAAUGGCUAUGCCCUCUAUCUGGAAAAAAAUUCAAGGGCCCAGAGUUCAUACGCAAACACUUGACAACAAAGCAUGCCGAAAAACUGGAGAAUGUGCGACAAGAGGCCAUCUAUUUCAACAAUUAUUUGUCGGACCCAAAACGGCCGCAUAAUGUCGAAGUGAAGCCUCAACCGUCAGCCACACAAUCUGCCCCGCCGCCACGUGAAGAACGACGCGAGCGCGAACGCGGUACUUUUGUUGUUGUCUUUUUUUGA